UGGUAACAGCUCCAUCUACAUCCUUCGUCUUAAUGUCUGGUUAGUUGGGGUUAGUGGCCAUCAUCAAUAACUGCCCAGCAGAGGUGCUGCUGGGUUUUGCAUUCCCAAGCCCACGACAUCAAUCUCAAUUAGUGCAUUCUCAAUAAAUGCAUAUUCUUCUCCCCUAUGAUACAAAAGUUGAUGAUCCCUACUGUCAUCGACACCGAAAGUUCGAUCGGAAAUGGCGGAGUUUGAGAGAGGGCGGUCGCUGGCUGAAACCCCCACAUGGGCUUUUGCGACGGUUGUCUCGGUCAUGGUUGCUCUUGGAUUCUUCUUCCAUGCCUCACUCAAAAAGUUUGGAAAGUGGUUGGGUAGGACUAAGAGGAUGGCUCUUCUUGCUGCUUUAGAGAAGAUCAAGGAAGAGCUUAUGCUUUUUGGACUGUUAUCAUUGCUGAUGGGUCAUUGGAUCAUUUUUGUGGCCAAGAUAUGUGUUAAAUCAUCAACCUUGAGCGGUCAAUUCUUCCCAUGUUUACAAACUGACAUAAGGAAGCCCGUUUAUCUAAGUCAAAUUACAAUUUUAAGUUCAAAUUAUCUGAAUUAUUCAGUUUUUCACGAGCAGCUGAACAACAUGCAGAGCAACUUCUGUCCGGAGGGCCACGAAUCAUUUGCUUCAUACGAAAGUCUUGAGCAGCUUCACCGAUUCUUGUUUUUUCUCGGUGUUACCCAUGUAUCUUAUAGCUUUGUUGUUGUUACCCUUGCCAUGAUCAAAAUUUAUAGCUGGAAAACAUGGGAAAAUCAAGCAAAGUCAAUGGCCUUGCAGGAAUUACAAGUUGCAAAAGGUUUUGUUGAGGGCUCCCCACAAGCUGCCUCUGACAGUAUAAGAAUGAGGCGAUUAUCUACUUUCAUUUUUCACCAGACUUCCCAUCCUUGGAGCCAGCAUAAAGUUCUUGUUUGGCUGCUCUGUUUCAGUCGCCAGUUUUGGAGUUCUAUAAAUAGAGCUGACUACAUGGCUUUGCGCCUAGGCUUCAUUUCUACUCAUCAACUACCAUUCACAUAUGAUUUUCAUAAUUAUAUGCUUCGAAGCAUGGAGGAAGAGUUUCGUGAUAUUGUUGGCAUCGGUGUGCCCCUCUGGAUUUUUGCCAUUUUAUGCAUUUUCCUAGCAUUUCAUGGAACUAAUCUUUACCUUUGGCUUUCGUUUCUUCCACCCAUUUUGAUCCUGGCAAUUGGUACCAAGCUGCAUCUCAUAGUCGUAAAGCUGGCCGUUGAAAUCAUGGAUAGAUGCCCAGUGUCCGAAGCUCAACACUUCAACCUGAGGGAUGACCUCUUCUGGUUUAGGAGGCCUCGGCUUCUGCUUUGGUUAUUACAGUUUGUGUCUUUCCAGAACGCAUUUGAGAUGGCAAUGUUUGUUUGGUCACUGUGGGAAACUCGAGGAUCGUCAUGUUUCAUUGAGAAACGUAGCUUCAUUGUGAUCCGGUUGACAUUUGGGCUUGCCUCGCAGUUCUGGUGUAGCUUCACUACAUUCCCGCUCUAUGUUAUCGUCUCACAGAUGGCCUCAAAGUUCAAAAAAUCCAUUGUUUCCAGAAAUGUAAGAACAGGGCUGCAUAGAUGGAAGAGAAGGCCCAAGGCCGGGCACGGCGUUCGCUCUUUAACCGUCUCUCAGGCAUCAACAUCUACCGUAUCAUUGGAUUCUGCAGCCAAGGUGGUAGAAACAAUCGGCAGUGACAGUGCUCCCUCUAGCAGCGCCGAAGGAGGUUCUUCAAGAGGCAAAGACGACACAUGGGUCUCUGUUCAAAAUGCCUCUGCAUUGCUGCAGGAUGAAACCUGCGAGAUUUUACCAAGCUCCACUUUACGAACAUCCGCCCAACAACAGCCAUUGCAACUAACUUAAGCACCGGAGCGCGCUUUCUCCUUACAAGUAUGGCGUUGAGUUUGUAGUUUUCUGUCUUUUUGGUGUCCAAAACUUAAGACAUAUGAGUUGGGAUUGAAGGGCUGUAGAUUUUAUUUGGAUUCAUCUUGCAGUUAUCAUCCAAGAAAGGUUUCAGAAUUUCAGAUUGUAGUUGCCACAUUCAAUUAUGAGAGCUCCCAAGCUUCCUUCCAAGCUUACUACACUUUGUUGUUGGGAAUUCCUAUAAUGGAGAGAAUCUCUAAAUUACUGAAUAAUACUAUGAAU